UUAUCUGCGCCCUUUGCCUCCACAUCCACGCUGAUUGGGAGCAAAGGGCGAUCAGUGCAAAACUCGACGGUGAAUAACUGAAGCGUGACGACUUGUGUUUGUGCUCAAGUUUGCUCAAGGUGAGCCGAACGAGGCAUCGACAAAGCAUGUAGGAAACGAGAUCGCUCUCUGCCUGAUGGCUGUUCCGUUGGCGUGUUGUUCAAACUGUCGUGGCUGCUGAAAGACGUGACCCCCGCGCAUCGCAGAGCGCCACACGCGCACCUGUCGGAUGUAAGUGGGAAGCGGUCGGUGAGCUUAUAGAGCGAGAGGGGGAGAGAGAGAUGGUGACUGCUGGGUUCAGCACGCUGGAUAGCGCUCGAGGAAUUUGGAAAGUACGGCGGCGGCGCGCGCGGACGCACGAGGAUCUAAGUGAAACGAGUGCGUGGAGCCGCCGGGGAGAUGAGCGACCAUGGUGGAUUUGAAGUUCUCGUUUGCAACAACAGGCGCAGGUAACGUGCGAGUGGACUUUCUGGAGUGAGACAUGGACUUUGCUGAAGUCAUUUUCGCUUUGUUCAUCGUCGUGGUCGCGAUCGUCUCGCUGUUGUCCAACUUGUUGGUGCUGCUAUGUUUCGUCCACAGCACCGAGAUACGCCGACAGGUGCCCGGUGUUUUCACCAUGAACUUGUCUUUCUGCAACAUACUCAUCACUGUUUUGAACAUGCCGGCCACUCUGGUGGGGAUUAUCAGAAAGCAGCAGCCCUUUGGAGAUUGCGUUUGCCACACGGUGAGCUUUCUGGAGACUUUUCUCACCGCAAACACCAUGCUGAGCAUGGCGGCUCUCAGCAUAGAUCGGUGGAUAGCGGUCGUCUUCCCGCUCAGUUACUCCACCAAAAUGCGCUACAAGGACGCACUGAUCAUGGUGUGCUACUCCUGGCUGCACUCCUUUACCUUCUCCCUGACGGCGCUGCUCUUCUCCUGGGUCGACUACAGCGACGUUUACGCGUCCUGCACCUUGCAGCCGAGCGAGGAAGGCAGCGACAGGAUUAAGUUUACAAUCUUCACUAUCGUUUUCCACGCCACCAGUUUCAUUCUGUCCCUGCUCAUCUUGUGUUUCACCUAUUUGAAGGUGUUGAAGGUCGCUAGGUUUCACUGCAAGAGGAUUGACAUUAUCACCAUGCAGACUCUGUUCCUGCUAGUCGAUAUUCACCCAAGCGUGAAACAAAGAUGCUUAGCAGAGCAAAAGAGGAGAAAGCAGAGAGCCACGAAGAAGAUCAGCAUCUUCAUCGGCUCAUUUAUCAUCUGCUUUGCUCCUUAUGUAAUCACAAGGUUGGCUGAGCUUCUCCCGUUCGUGGACGUCAACCGCCACUGGGGAAUCAUCAGUAAGUGCCUGACAUAUAGCAAGGCUGCGUCUGACCCCUUUGCCUACUCUCUCCUACGUCAGCAGUACAAGAAAGUCCUGGUCACCGUCGUCAACAGGCUACUCCGACGUGACCUGUACCCUUCGUCUGGCCAUAACAGCUCUUUAGACACAGAGAACGACUACUGUCUCCAGAGGAUCAGUUAAUGGCAAAUGCAGGACGUGACAUAUGCACACGCUACAGUGCAGGCCAAAAAUAAAGGUUGCCUCUUGCAGAAAAAAAAGGUGGGUGGAGAGAAAAAAAGAACAGGAGAGAGAAAG